AUGCACUUUUCCACCCUCGUUGCCGCCACCUUUGUGGCCGUCGCCUCGGCCAAGGACAUUGUCUACCCGCCCAUCAUCAACCUGGGUCGGCACGGCUAUCCUCACGGCAACCAGUUCAUCGCCUGGAGCCCCUUCACCCCCACCACUACGCAAGACGUCGUCAAGCUGUGCGACACCAGAGGCUCCAUCAAGGGAACCGCAACAUGGACCGCCGUCCGAACCGUCAACACCUACGUCUUGGACCCCAUCUGUCGCAAGCCUUUCAACCUCACCGACGAUGACACCGGCACCACCUACCACAACCUCGAGCUCGCUUGCGUGGACGACAACAUCCCGAUUUCGGCCGAGCCCGAGGUGACGGCCGUGGUCGACAGGAACACCAACAAGACCGUCCACACCUGCACGCGUGUGCCGGCAGAUAGCGAGGCCGGUACUGCGGAGAGUUGCACCAGAUCCGCGAAUGGCGGUGUCAUGUAUCUGUACGCUUGCACUGCUUGA